AUGCUCAAUUUAGCACGAUUAAGUAGUGCAGCAUUCCAAUCAGCUGAUAGGAUACUCAACUACAACAAUGCAUUUUAUAUCACUCAGCAAGGCGCUCUGGCUAACUUCUUGACGGAUUACGGGCUGGCAAGACUUGAUAUAGAGCUAAUCAGAGAAAAAUCGGUUGAUGGCUACUUACUAUUGUACCAAGCUGCUGAUCCAGAUAUUAUUGGAGUUAAUAGUUUGACGGCACAGAAGCUUCUGAUUUGUACCGACCGCGUACUACCUGAAGCAUAUGUAAGCUUCUAUGCUCAUGGUGAGUACGCUGUACGUGGAGGUUGGUAA